AUGGAGCAAUCGUAUCACCAGUCCCAGGCAGCCCUAGCUGGCUUCCUCGAUUCAAUGCAGCAGGACACCAGCAUGUCCGCAUACAGUCUCUUUGGCCCGUCGCAGUAUCCUGAGAGCGUUGCGUUCUGGCAUGAUCCCUCCGCGGCGCCGGCCAUGGCUAUUUCCGCUUCGUCAUACCUGCCCAAGCAGCCGACCCUGCUGCAGCCCAUCCCGGAUCAGAAGAAGCAUAAGCGCACCCGCAGCGGCUGCUUUACCUGUCGCUCGCGCCGCAUCAAAUGCGACGAAGGCCGCCCCGUCUGCGAGCGCUGCCGGAAGGGUAGUCGGGACUGCGUCUAUCCGUCGCCCGCAGCGCCCUCAGCCAAGGGCUCCCGCACAUCGGCAAAGGCGCGCAGCGCGCGCCCCCAGUCGCAAUGCAGUGACUCAUCCGGAAAGGUGGAAGCCGAAGAUGCUGGCCCGCUCGAGCCCAUCAUCGACGAGGAGGAACCUGAUGAGGCCGGGGUGAGCUCGGGGCUCUCGCCAACGAGUAGGGGCGGUGCUGGCCAGUCGCACUCCGAUCUGCAUCGCACGCAAAGCGGUCAGUCGCUGCGGAAGCGCAGCAUCAAUCCGUCGCCGGAGACAGGAUCGUUCCAUCUGGAGCCAAGCAGCUCGCCAUCGACCGAGUCGUCACGGUUUGAGUCGAUAAGUGUGCGGUCGGCGAGUGUCGGUCAGUCUACGCUAGAUCUGCUCAACAAUAGCCGGCUACCGGAGGAUUUGCGGUUCUACUUGGAUUUUCACCAACAGUACAUCUCGCAUGAGCACUUCUUUCUGAGACAGGGCAGCGCUCGCUUCAUCCAUCACAGCAUCAUCGAACUCGCACUGGGGUAUGACCCUCUCUUGUAUGCCCUGGUGGGAUUUGCCGCAUAUCACCACACUUUGCAGAGUGGAGGCAAGCUCUAUGCUUUCCUGAAAUACUAUAAUAAAGCCUUGGUGCUCUUACGCAAGUCCUUGGGAUCGGCAACGGAACACAGUGAAGCAACAUUAUGUACCGUUCUUGUUCUGACGACAUUUGAGGAGUACAUCGGGGAUUGGGUCAACCUGAUCGAUCACCACCAAGCCGCACACGCCUUGAUGCGAGAACUAUUGACACCGGAAUCGUCCAAUUUAAUCGAGCUACAUACCAACAUCUUUCUCUGGUACGCACGGUUUGACGUCGUGGCCGGCAUCUUGGCCGGCACAGAGGCGAUUCUGGGCCGUGACUGGUACAUGGCCAAGGAGCAACACGAUGCCCACCAAGCAGCCCUUUACCCCGACGAUCCAAGCAAGCAGCUCGCGCUAGUGGCCUCGAUCAAUCGUCGCUUCGGGCUGGACAUGGCCUCGCUCUAUGCCAAGCUUUCGCGCGGUAUGAUUCCGGUGGACCAGUUUGCCCUACAGAACGAACAACUCGGUCAAACCUUGAAACGUGCGAAUAACAUUCUCAAGCAAUUCGAUGAUUCUGAAGACACCGUACACUCGUAUGCGAAUCAGCAGCCUCUGACGGAUGAUGAUAUCGUGGAUCCGUACGUGCCAGGCUGUAUACACCAGGGACCUCUUUGGGAUGCCAACUAUGCAAGGAUUGAUCUCCUGUCCACCGAAUUGAUGUUCAAGUACCAGACCAUGCUAUCUCUGAAGCAGCCGCUGCUCCCAGAUCUGCAGCGUCUGGCACUUGAACAAUGCCAAUUGAUUGAAACAAUUUCACGCUGGCCUGGUAGGAGCAAUGGGUUCUGCAUCGGCUUCAAGAAUAGUCUUGGCCUUUCGAGCAUGUUUCUACCAAGGGACAUGAAGCAUCAGAUGUGGUCGAGGCGCAAGCUGGCCCUAAUGGAGCAAAAUGGUUAUAUCAUUGCCCCCCGAUUCCGCACCGCCCUCGCUGCCAUCUGGCAACUCCCCGAAAUCGAGCAUUGGUGGCUGCCCAACGACGAAGGCUACUCAGACAUUAUCCAGGAGAUCCGGGGUAUGUCCGAGGAGCGCAUGAAUCAGCCUCGUGACGACGACUUCCGCGAGAAUGUUCGGGACAUGAAAUCGCUCUUCUGGAAACUUAACGUGGAUGAGCAGGAUGAUGAGCAAAGCCCUUCAAGCAGCCAUACCAGCUAUACCUGA